AUGCCAGACAAUCACCACGGAGAUUCGGAUGACGAAGCUCUAUUCGCAUCCCUCGAAAACGAAGACCAGGAUGACGCCGCCUACCGUACACAGCGCAUCCAACAACUAAACGCCGAGCUCGCCGCUCAAAAAAACAAUCGCUCCGCCAACUCCAACAGUGCCACAUACACACAAGAUGUGAGAUACCCCACGCUCACCAGCGACCAAAGUGUGCUAGACUUUACAACAUCGACAACGCGGUGUAUUGUUCAUUUUGCACAUGAUGAUUUUGCGCGAUGCGCGACAAUGGAUGCACGGCUGGAGGAGUUAGCGGGGAGACAUUACGAGGUGAAAUUCGCGCGCGUGGAUGUGCGGAAGACGCCUUUCUUGGCUGAAAAACUGAGCAUUCGGGUAUUGCCCUGUGUGAUUGGAUUCAAGGAUGGAGUUGGGGUUGAGCGGGUGGUUGGAUUUGAGGGAUUGGGUGCUGGUGGGACAAAUGGCACAGAGGCGGGCUUUAGCGUUGCCGUUCUGGAGAAACGGUUACUAUACAAGGGCGUUUUGGUGCAAGCGAAGUUUGCAGCCAAUGAUGAGGAUGAGGAUGAGCAUCAGAGUGAGGAUGAAGGGUACGAUGUGAGGAAGGGGACUCGUUUGCGGAAGAAGCUGAUUCAGAGUGGGAAGGUUGGACAACGAGGACGAUAUGACGAUGAUGACGACGACGAAUGGGAUUAA